AUGACCUUUUUAAAAGGGUAUAAUUUUGUUAUAACAGUUGUGAAGGAUAAUAAAGAACAUUCAGAAUGUUCAGGAUAUCUUUGUGACUAUGAGGAAUUUUAUACUGAUGAACUAAGUAAUUCUAGUAUAAACGGAUCAAAGACUAGAUCUCUACAUCCUAAAAUUGAACAAAAUGCAUUAACGCAAUUAUAUAAACUUAGAUUUUUAUUAAAAUAA